CCUGGAUUCCGGCAAUCUCGGUAUCGGUACAUAAACGGCUAGAAAAAUGCCCCACGUAUCAGUCAUUUUUCAGUUGUGCUUAUAAUCAACUGCGGUUUGUAAUUGUUAAAAAUUUGUGCUUUUGUUUAAUAUCCUAAUAUUGUAAGAAUGGUUAUAUUAAACUACGAGCAGUACAAUGAAAUUGUACAGUUCAUUCAAAAUUUUCGCGGUUUAUCUAUUGACUGCAAUCGGGAGCUAGUACAUAGAUUUCCUCAACAUAAUCCGGAUACAUUAGGUAGCAUACUAGCUCGUGAAGUUCGUCAACGCUUGAAACAGUCGCAUGCUAAAAUAAGUGCUCGUGCGGAGAGCCUUUUGGCAGACUAUAAUAAACAAGUUCAAAGUACGGGAUCACUCAACGUGCUUUUGAAAAUGGCAAUAUCCUUACGCUUUCCACCACUUUCCCUCUGUCGAAUUAUUCUUAUCAAAAGAUAUCCAGAGAAUACGAAAUCGGACGUUACAGAAAUGCUUCGUAACCCGGAUUUGAUUAAGGAUUCAAUAUUAGGUGCCAACGUAGGCUAUUGCAUGUACAACGAAAACAUGGAAGGUCCUAUUACAGAUACAAUACGCAGAUGCAUCGGCGAGGAAUAUGAGGUCAAACUGAAACAGAUGGCUCGAGCCGUCGGAAUGUCUUUUUACGAUGAAGGCGAUUUGCGGCGGACUGGCUACGACAAGACGCCCGAUCUUAAGUUAGCGAUUCCGUGUCUCUACAAGGGACGGAUAGUCAAUUGGAUCGAAAGUAAGGCCUCAUUCGGCGAUAUGGAGACGCACAUAGGAUACAUGCGGGAUCAGCUCGUUAGCUAUGGCAAUAGAUUCGGCAGUGGGAUGGUUAUAUACUGGUUUGGAUACUUGGAUAUGAUAGCAGAUUACGGCGAGAAUGCAGAUUAUGUUACGAUUGUGGACACAUUUCCAGCCCCCGAGGAAUUAGAAUUCCUUCGUUUCAAUAUUCCCGAGGACUUUAAACAGGAGCAUGAGAAGAUAGAUAGUUAGCAUUAAGUUUUAAAGGUUGUUUUUAUAAAUUGAUUUUGUAACUUUUUUUUGCUAAUAAUUGUGAAUAGAUCUUUUGUAUUCAAAUAAACCGUUACAUAU